AUGGCGCCCCAGCAGGCCCUCGUCAAUCUCUCGCCCGCUGAGCUGUCCUUUUUGCGCUCCACGCUUUCACAGACGCCGCCCAUCCGCCUCGAUGUUACCAAAGGACCCCGCGACUUUCGCUCCAUGCGCGCCGAGUAUGACGUACUGCCCACGGCAAACGGGAGUGCGCGCAUUGCUCUGGAAGACGGCACCGAGGCCCUGGUAGGCGUCAAGGCCGAGGUGGAGCGGUCACGCCAGCGCCCGACGCUGGGCGAGCAUGGCGUCGACGUGGACAUGGAAGACGGCGACGGCGACGGCGACGGGAGUGAAGAUGCCGACGACAGCAAGGGCAAGGGCCAGAAUGCGUGGGUAGAGAUGAGCGUCGAGGUGCCAGGCUUCCGCGAGGACGAUGCGCUGCCAGUCUUCCUCUCCUCCAUGCUCACAGAGAGUUUGCUUGCCAGUGGGGAGCUAAAAGACCGGUUGUACAUCAACACGCGCUUUCACUGGAAACUAUACGUCGAUAUUCUGCUGCUUUCCCCACCACUCUCCUACCCGCUCGCACUACUCUCUAUGACCGCCCACCUCGCCCUCCUCACCACACAUGUCCCCGCGCUGAAGUCUGAAAAGGACGAAGACCCGCUCUUCGACGACGACUGGGACGCCGCCGUGCCUCUAUACCCCAAGCAGGCCGGCACCACGAAGACGGCUCCACAGCUAGGGAAGCCACCCGUUAUUAUCUUAGCCAUGGCAGUGGGCGACAACAUCAUCUUCGAUCCCGCCAAGGAGGAGCUUGCAGUAGCAGAUGCCGUUCUUGCCGUCGCAUGCACAAACUCAACGACCUCAUCCACGGGCGCGCGCAUAGUCUCAAUACGCACCAUUGACCCUCCCUCGCAUCUCACUCCGCCAGGCGUACCCAACUCGAUGAACUCUGCAACUGGCGGCACUGCUCCCACCUCCAGCGCCGAUGCGCUUACACAGCGAGAACUGCUCGCGACUUCGGGCGUCUGGACACCGCCCCGGGGCGGCAUGAAGAGAGGCCUCAUCUCACACGUAACCAAGAUGGUCGUGGAGAGUGGUGGAGUCGCCGAGGAGGUUAUUGGUGCCUUGGCGGCGAUUGAGGUCGGUUGA